UUGGAUGAAGAAUCCGGCCUGUUACACUUUUCUAUCGUUUCUCCAAUCUUCUGCUACUGCUAAACCCUGACAGAACCCUAUUCCCCUCCAUUUUCAAACAAGCACCAUUUCCAAAUGGCUCUCUCCAAACACACCUUUUUCACCCAUCACCUCAAAACCCUAGCUAAACCCCAUUAUCUCCGCCGCCCUCAACCACCACCACCUUCCUUCAUCUCCCUCCGUCUCCUCUCCUUCGCCACCCCAGAAGAAGCUGCCGCCGAACGCCGUAAACGCAAGCGACGCCUCCGUAUUGAACCUCCUCUAUCCUCCCUCCGCCAACAGCACCAACCUCGUCCUACAACCCCUCAAAACCCUAGCUCCGCCAAUAACCCUAAUGCCCCGAAAAUCCCCGAAACUGUUUCCGUACUCACCGGAAAUAGACUCAAUCUCCAUAAUAAGAUUCUCAAACUGAUUCGUGAGAAUGAUCUAGAAGAAGCGGCGUUGUACACGCGCCACUCUGUUUACUCCAAUUGCCGACCCACUAUCUUCACGUGUAACGCCGUUAUGGCUGCACAGCUCCGUCAGUCCCGUUAUUCCGACCUGCUCUCACUUCACCGGUUCAUCACGCAGGCUGGCGUGGCGGCGAACAUCGUCACACACAAUCUGCUCCUCACGGCUUAUAUGGAUUGCCGUAAAACUGAUAUGGCUAUGGAACAUUACAAACAGCUUAUUAAUAAUGCACCAUUUAACCCUUCACCUACGACUUAUCGGAUACUUAUUAAAGGACUUGUUGAUAAUAACAAGAUUGAUAGGGCAUUGGAAUUGAAGGAGGAAAUGUUGUCUAAGGGUUUUAGUGCUGACCCAAUUGUGUAUAGUUAUUUGAUGUCUGGACAAGCUAAGGGUUCAAACCCGGAUGGUGUUUUCGAACUUUAUGAGGAGUUGAAGGAGAAAAUGGGAGGGUAUGUUUCGGAUGGAGUGGUUUAUGGGAGCUUAAUGAAAGGUUAUUUUUUGAGGGGAAUGGAGAAGGAGGCAAUGGAGUCUUAUGAGGAAGCUGUGGGUGCGAAUUCUAAGAUUAAGAUGAGUGCAGUGGCGUUUAACUAUGUUUUAGAUGCUUUAAGCAAGAAUGGGAAGUUUGAUGAGGCUUUGAAGUUAUUUGAUAGGAUGUUGAAUGAGCAUGAUCCUCCUAAAAGAUUGACUGUGAAUUUGGGUAGCUUUAAUGUGAUGGUGGAUGGUUAUUGUGCAUUGGGAAGGUUUAAAGAUGCAAUUGAUGUUUUUAGCAGCAUGGGUGAGAAGAGGUGUAGACCAGACACGUUGUCUUACAAUAAUCUGAUUGAGCAGUUGUGCAAAAACGACUUGUUGGGUGAGGCUGAGGACCUUUAUAAGGAUAUGGGAGAGAAGGGGGUCAGCCCCGAUGAGUUCACGUUCGUUUUGUUGAUGGAUACUUGCUUUAAAGAAAAUAGGCCUGAUGAUGCUGCCAUGUAUUUUAAGACUAUGGUUGAUGCUAAAUUGAGGCCCAAUCUUGGGGUUUAUAAUAGGUUGGUUGAUGGGUUGGUUAAAGUUGGUAAAGUUGAUGAAGCAAAAUCAUUUUUUGAUUUAAUGAUGGGAAAGCUGAGGAUGAAUGAUGAUAGCUACAAGUUUAUGAUGAAUGCAUUGUUCGAGAUUGGAAAGCAUGAUGAGGUGCUUAAGAUUGUGGAUAGAAUGUUAAGGGAGGAUCCAGCCGAUUUCACUGAUGAGUUGCAAGAGUUUAUUCGAGAAGCCUUGAAGAAGGAAGGUAGAGACGAGGAGUUGACCAAGCUUAUGGAUGACAUUGAAAGAGAGAAGAAAGAAGCUGCAGCCGCAGAAGCUGAAGCAGCUGAAAGAGCAAAGGCGAGUGCAAGAGCUGCUGUUUCUUCUUUGAUAAAUAGUCCUAAAUUGUUUGGAAAUAAGGAGCCCGAAGAGCAGUCAACAACUGCUGGUGAGGCUGCGAACAACAAUGAUGAUGUUAAACAAGCGGUCCCUGAAGAAGAGGUGAGUGCUCAAGAAAUUGCUGCCGAGGCUAGUUCUUCUGGUGAGGGUGCAGAAGCUGAGAACCUGGUUGCUACAGAAGCUAGAAGUGAUGGUGCAGAAGCUGAGAACCUAGCUGCUACAGAAGCUAGAAGUGAUGGUGCAGUUUGAUCGGAUAGCAGCAUGAAGUUGCAAUAUGUUGGUCGCAACUAAUGAGAAAAAUAGCAUGUUUCUUUUCAUGCUGUCACAGUUGCAAGCAUGAAAUAAGAUCCUCUUUUGAUAAAUUGCUGGUGGUUAAUUGUGUAAUUUAGAUGAAAAUGAAAUGAAUGAUUUUCUAUAUCAUCUUUAAAGUAAAUGGUGGGCGACAAGUUGUAAUGCAACAAUGUAUGGUGGAAUCUAAUUGUUAUUAUUUCUUGUUACACUAAUACACAAGUUAUAUUGUGA